AUGUCGUCAGCCAUUGCCUAUCUUGUCGGGGAAGAGAGAUUAACAGAAGUGCAGGCGAUACGCAACAACGAGCAUGGGAUGUUCAAUAUGGGUUCUUCACGGCGGGAGCGCAGUGUUAAAGGUCCCAAAGAAGCGCAAUCGAAGAGCGUGUUAGAGCUCCUAAAGGAGAAGAUCAAGAGCAAGGGUGGCGAGUUGGCAAGGCCAGCAAGCCAACACCCAACGGUCCUUUUGAGCAGCCAAAUAAAUAUUCCAGCUGAAAUCAAUUGUUUAUUCGUUGCAAAAAAAGAUUUCCUGGCGUUUCUCUCCCGCGGCGACGUCGUCGUCUUCCGGUCGCCGAGGAACCACCGCGAACUGGUGGUGAAGAGGUUGAUUGCGCUGCCGGGGGGUUGGAUCCAGGUCCCGGAGAAGCAAGAGAUCCGGCAGAUCCCGCAGGGGCACUGCUGGGUGGAAGGGGACAAUGCCGGCCUCAGCUUGGACUCGAGAACCUACGGCCCUGUUCCUCUGGGUCUGAUGCAAGGCAGAGUCACGCAUGUAGUCCGGCCACCCAACAGGAUUGGUCGAGUUGACAGAAAAAUACCAGAAGGAAGGAUUAUGCCACUAUAACCUUUUUGUUGCUCUUGUUAGGUUGGUUAUCCUGCAUUGUUUUUUCCAUUUUUGGGCAGGCAACCACUAUGAAUAGGAUUGAUUGAAGCCUCAAUGUGUACUGCUCUAUACUGUCAAAGGCAGUGAAUUGGAGGAUGUGAUACAUUUGGUGACAGUAAGAACAUUAUCUCUGAUUUCAAAUC